AUGGAAGAAACAACGGCCAACUCACAGCGAGUUGGUGGUGGCAAGCGCAUCGUGCUUCAAAGGAAUGCCUACAGGACACGGCUCUGCACGCAGGCUAUGCCAACCUGGUGCCCGUCUACUCUGGCAGGCCUGGCAAACCUAUCGCGCCGUCGUCGCCCUAGCCCAGUAGAGGCCCAGACUAGACUUGGCCGACGUCGCAACCUGCUCAGGCGUGGUGAUGGUCUGUGUAACAGUCUUGGGCCCUUGGGGGCAGAAGACAAGGCCCACGGGUCGAUGCUUGGCUCGAGUCUUCAAAUCGCUAGCAUCCUCCCGCCCCGCCGUGCCCGCUUCCCUUCCCACACUUCCCCGACGCACCAAGACAGCCCGCCCCAAGCCGUUUUGGGCCUGGGCUCCCUUGUCAUUCUCGUUUACUAUUACUGUAUUCGUCGCAAGCGUCCUCAGCAUCGAUUUGUGAACAGGUUGAGGCUUGAGGAUGAGGAAUUUGACUCCGUAGGACACGGAAUGACGGUGGAUGGGUAUCUCAUUCCGCGGUAUUGGGGAAACGGAACUACAUUGGCGUCUUCUGAUUCGUUCGUCCCCAUUUAUAAUGGAGACAGACAGUACGUAUCCGAGAUAUUUCUCUGUGUGAGGUCUGUGAGAGGUCUCUGA